AAACCGUUCCGAGGGAAUUUCGUCAACAAUUUCCAAUCUCAGAACGUUCACGGAUUUUGCUACACAAUUUAUAAGAUACGUUGCUCUCAGUUGCGCACAGUUUGCAAUCGUAACUCGUACGGGAAAAUUGUUUAAGUUUAACUUCCAACAUUUUUAUACAUAAUUUUUAUCAUAUAAUUCGCUGACGGUUUGCCCUACAGUGUGGUGUGGUGAAUGGUGGUGAGCUGACAUUUGAUUUAUGGUUACCGUUGAAAGCGAUCAAAUAUUCGAAUAUAAUUAAGAUAGAAGUAUAAAUGAACUGAGCAGUGAAAUAUAAUAUCCAGAAUGCAUAAACACGUCAAAGUGGGAUGUGAGUGCAUAUAGCAGAGCUUAUAUUAAACAUAUCGAAUUUACAAAUUACGGAUUAUUGCGUAAACGAUCGAUUCGAAUGAAUAAAUUGAAUUCUUUCAAUCAGUGAAACUUUUGGAAAUUUGAAUUUUUCCAUGUCAGUGUGUUAAAACAAAAAUUGGUUUUUUAUCAAUUCAAUCAAUUCGAUGACACUGUACGGAAAGGACAUUUCAACUCAACAGAUAAUGCACAUUUCCACGUGUUUUCUUUUGAUAUACACAAAAGUGUAACAGCGACAAGCGACAAUACUAUAUUUGAACGAAAAUAAAUAAAUAUUUUCUUGUAAAACGUCGAAAGAAUAGAAUAUAAUACACAGGCGGAAUAAGCUGUUGAAAUACGACUUAUAUCGCGAAUAAAAUCACCAAAAGAGAAUCAAAGAAAAUUUUUGCUGUUUAUAAAAGUUUGAAAAAAUAAAUCAGAGUAAAUCCUCUUCAACCUCAUAUCAUUUUGACAGCAAAGAAUUUGCUCCUUUUAUUUAAUCAGACGAGCAAAAGGAUGAUCUUCAUAUGGUUGGCUAUCACCGCUCUUAUAGGAGAACAUGUUGCAUCAAACUCAUUCGACACCCAAGGACCCAUGUUUACUUUGGAGCCACCGUUUCGGCUGGAAUUCACAAAUACGGCUGGCAGCCGGGCCGAUUGUACAGCCAGAGGAAAUCCACCACCUCAUGUAGAGUGGGUCGAUUUGGACAACAAUGCCGUUACGACAAUACAAUCGGUACGACACAUAUUAGCGAAUGGAUCGCUACUGUUUCCGGCAUUCGACGCUGGUUCGUUUCGACAAGAUGUUCAUUGGGCGAUAUACAAAUGUGUUGCAUCUAAUUCGGUCGGAACAAUAGUAUCACGAGACAUGCAGGUGAAAGCAGUUGUCAACCAGCGGUAUGAUCCAGAAGUUCAGAAUCCUGGUGGUUUCUUAGGUGGAAAUGUUCUCAUCAAAUGCAAUAUACCGUCUUACGUGAAGGAGUAUGUUACCGUUACGUCAUGGUUACAGCAACCAUCAUUCAACAUUUACCCGUCUGUGGAAAGUGAUGGUAAAUAUCACAUGCUUCCUACGGGAGAACUACUAAUAAUCAAUGUAACACGUACCGAUGCACAACGUAGUUAUCGGUGUCGCACCCAUCAUCAACUCACCCAAGAAGCGGUAGUUAGCGAUAAUAUUGGACGCAUUCAAUUAACUGACAUGAGAGAACCUGUGCCACCAAUUAUGAACGACAAACUUCUUCAACUAACGUCUCGAAUUGAUGAUGUUCUGGUUAUUCCAUGUGUUGCCUAUUCAUCACCGAAACCAACAUAUAGAUGGCAUGUGCGAAAAAACAAUCGAGACGAGUACUUGGAUAACAAAAAUCAUUCGAACAACAGAGUGUAUGUUCGAGAUGGUACGCUGGUAAUAACGUCUGUGAAGAAGACGGAUGCUGGCACUUAUUUCUGUACAGCUACCAAUACCGAGGGGAGCGAGACUCUCGAGGUGCAACUGUCGAUUACAUCACCGCUUACCGUACAUAUUCAACCAAUCCGGCAAACGGUUGAUUUGGGGAAAGCAGCCGAACUGAUAUGCAAUUCGAAUGUUGUGAUGUUGUUGUCAAAUGGAGUCAAUGGAUUUCAGACGAAUUUGUGGUGGCUAAAAGACGGUCAACCGUUGCGAACUGGUUCACGAGUGCGACUGUUGUCUAAGGAACACAUUAAAAUAACGUCAGUGACGAAAGAGGAUCGUGGGAUGUACCAGUGUUUCAUCAAAAACGAUCACGAUGCUGUACAAGCAACAGCUGAAAUGACACUCGGAGAAGUGGCCCCUCAAUUGGUAUACAAAUUCAUCGAACAAACAAUGCAACCAGGACCAUCUGUGUCGUUAAAAUGUAGUGCUACGGGCAAUCCAACACCACAGAUUACAUGGACACUGGAUGGUUUUCCGAUGCCAAAUAACGACCGAUUAAUGAUCGGUCAGUAUGUGACGUUGUUCGGUGACGUCAUCAGUCAUGUUAACAUAUCAAUUGUUAAAUCGGAUGACGGCGGUGAAUAUGAGUGCACAGCUCGAUCGCGAGCUGGUUCGAUGAGCCAUAGUGGUCGAUUGAAUAUCUAUGGGAUGCCACACAUAAGACCGAUGCCGUCGAUUUCGGCGGUUGCUGGUAAGUCGUUGACUUUAAAGUGUCCAGCAGCUGGGUAUCCCAUUGACAGUAUUGUAUGGGAAAAAGAUGGCAUUAAAUUACCGACAAAUAUGUGACAACGUGUUUUCAACGGAACACUUCAUAUCGAAAAUGUUCAAAAAGCUGCAGAUCAUGGAAACUAUAUGUGUAUUGCACGGAACAAACACAAUUAUACAUCACAGGGGGCAGUGGAAAUAAAAGUUUUAGUUCCGCCGAAAAUCACACCAUUCACUUUCGCACGGGACCUAAACGUCGGUGAUCGAACGAGCAUUCAGUGUGUGGUCGGCACGGGUGACCUGCCACUGACAUUCGUUUGGCUGAAAGACGACCAGCAAAUCAUACAAUCAAUUGGUACCGGAAUGGAUAACAGUAAUUCCAAGAAUGACAUGGGGAUAGUUGGAACGCUGGAAGGUAGUGAUGGCGAAAGUGCCAUUACAAUACGACAGUAUGAUGAUUUUACAUCAUCAUUGAGUAUAACGAGUGUAACAAGAUCACAAGGGGGAAAUUACACUUGUGUUGUCAAGAAUGAUGCGGCUAUGGUGUGGCAUUCGGCAAUACUCAGAGUAAAUGUUCCACCCCGAUGGAUAGUAGAACCUCAAGAUCAAAGUGCUGUUCUCGGAAAUUCUGUCAUUAUUACAUGUAGAGCUGAUGGUUUCCCUCUCCCCGUUGUACAGUGGAAACAGGCCAUAGGAGAACAGUCCGGAGAAUAUCGUGAAUUAAAUUAUGCUGGCGGAAAUUCGGGAAUAGAAAGCCAUUCUAACGGCUCUUUAAUCAUAUCUAAAGUAAACGAAGAACAUAGUGGUAACUUUCUUUGUCAAGCGAGCAAUGGUAUCGGUGCAAGUUUAAGUAAGCUUAUUCGAUUGACUGUACACGUUGGACCAACAGUUACGGUUCGCAACAAGAAAGUAUCCGUUCGACGAGGCGAUCGAGUUAGUCUACGAUGCGAAUCAGACGGUGAUCAGCCGUUAGAAGUGUCAUGGCGAGCGAAGGGCAACCGAAUCGAUCCCACCUAUGAUAUACGCUAUCAGUUAAAGAACUCGCCUCUUCAGAAAGGAAUAAUCUCCGAACUGACCAUUGUUCAAACCACCCUAAACGAUCGGGGUGAAUAUUCGUGCGUAGCAACGAACGCCUAUGGCCACGAUCAUGCUGCGCUACACCUUCAAGUUCAGGAGCCACCAAACUUUCCGAAAAGCCUUCAAGUUACCGAAUUGGGCAGCCGAUCAAUUGUUCUGUCAUGGCAACCUAACGAACAGGAUGUCCAUAGCAAUCACUUCGGCGACGCUAUGCCAAUAUCGAAUUAUAUUUUACAGUUCAAAGAAGCACAGGAUGUGUGGCAUGAUCACAACAAUCAAAAAUUGUUACCAGGAGAUAAGACCACUGCCAUAAUUUCCCAACUGAAGCCAUCAUCGAGUUACCAUUUGCGUUUAUAUGCAGAAAAUCAUCUCGGUCGAAGUGCACCAUCGGACAUUUUACAUAUUCAAACGGAUGCCGAAAUUCCCGGCGGUCCUCCACUUGGUGUUACAGUGGAACCACUCGAUGCACAGCAGUUACUAGUUACAUGGCGACCGCCUGAGAGAGAACUGUGGAAUGGUGACCUUCUUGGCUAUACAAUUGGUUAUCACAAAUUCGGCGGUUCCGAUCAAAGUUACAACUAUACCAAAGUAGGAAUACCCGGCGGUGAAGGAGUUAGCGAUUUUCGAUUGAUUGGUUUGGAAAAGUACACUCAGUACAGCGUUACUGUGCAAGCGUUCAACUCGAAAGGCGAUGGUCCAGCUUCGGAUCCCGUGAUGGCCCACACAUUGGAAGAUGUACCCAGCGCGCCACCACAAUCAGUCAAUUGUGUCGCAUUAACAUCCCAAAAUAUUCAAGUUACUUGGCAAAGUCCGCCUAAGGAAACGUUACAUGGUGUCAUUCAGGGCUACAAAUUGUUGUACGAACCCGUAAACACAGACAUGGACUAUGGAGCUAGGGAGACGAAGAUCACAUCUGCCUUGAAUACAGUUUUACAUGGACUGCAACCGUACACCAACUAUAGUGUUCAAGUGCUUGGCUUUACGAGAGCUGGAGAAGGGGUAGCUAGUCAAAUAGUCAAUUGUGUUACAGAAGAAACGGUACCGGAAGCACCCGAACGAAUUAAGUCGGUUGUAAACACCGAUUCUUCAGUUAUAAUUAGCUGGUUACCGCCAAGACGGCCUAAUGGCAUUGUUACGAAGUACAUUGUCUACAUACGAAUACUAGAAAAAGGACAAGAACUUAAAAUCCUAAAGGAUGUUCUGCUAGCGCAAAAUCACCACUAUGAAGCCAAAGAUUUAAAUACAAGAGAGACUUACGAGGCUUGGAUAACAGCAUCAACCCGAAUCGGAGAGGGACAAAGCACACCUGUGAUUAAACUAACACCGACUCCCACCAUUCCAGCUGCUGUAAUAUCAUUCGGCCAAACAUUAAGCGUAGCCUGGCGUGUUGAUGUUAAACUCGCAUGCUUGUAUGUCGGAACACCAAAACCACAAGUCGAGUGGAAGGUCUUGGAUUCUAAGUCUUCGAAGCAACAGCGUCUAGAUAUCGACGUUGAGAACACAUUGACUCUGCGCAACGUUCAACGCAACCACGAAGGAAACUACACCUGCCAGGUCCGCAACAAUCAUGGAACUGACCACAUCAUUUACCAGCUACUUGUUCAAGUACCACCAGAUCCACCCAAGCUUAUAAUAUCAUCAACGACCAUCACGUCUGUUGCAAUAGAGUGGAUUGUCGGCGAUAACGGUGGUUCACAGUUGAGAGGAUUUCUGCUAGCUUAUCGACGGGAAUUCGACGAAUGGGAGGAGAUUGUCCUGGACCGUCGAUCGAAUUCGUAUUUACUUGAACAUUUGCAGUGUGGUACACGUUACCAGUUCACAUUAGCCGCAUUUAAUAAGAUUGGCAGUGGAACAUCCAGUAAUAUUGAGAAUGCUCGUACAAAAGGCAACGAACCAGUGGCACCGCAAAGACAGCAUUUCAUUCGAGCAAACAUGACAUCCGUUUUAUUGGAAUUAUCGUCUUGGCAAGACGGUGGUUGUCCAAUUUCUUAUUUUACCAUUGAAUUCCGUCGCAACGGUGGUAGUGAUUGGAUAUUAGUUUCCAGUAAUGUUGCACCUCAGGCACGAUAUAUCAUUCCUGAUCUGGAACCGCAAACUGCGUAUGAUUUGCGUAUAACGGCACAUAAUAACGCUGGGCCAAAAAUGUCCGAAUAUUACUUUGUGACAUUGAGUCUACACGGUACCAUUGCCGAUGGAAUUGGUGAUGUAGACUCUGAACCAUCAGUGAAGUCCCUGUUCAACAGUGACAAUUUAACUGUAAUGACAAUCUUGUUGGGCGUUAGCGUAGUUGUGGCUAUACUUGGUGUCUGUUUCUUUGUCAAAUCUCACUUUCGUUCACUUUUCCAACGAAAUGACGAGCCGAUUCAAACAAUGAAUAGUAAGCAUUCAAUUCCUGAGCACCGCGAUCAAUACUAUGCAACCGUACGUAAAACGCCACAAAGUCCUUGUCGCGAUUCAUCCAGUGCUUUGGAACGGAUUCCAGAGUAUUCCGAAGACAUAUAUCCAUAUGCCACAUUCCAUUUACCAGAUCAAGAGAAUUUCGCCGGAAAUCCUAGUCGACAUGGACACUCUGGUCAAUCGAGCAGUGUGUAUGAUGCUAGGGACACGUUAUCAAUGAAACAGGUACGAUCGAACUCAAGUUCACAACAAAAUAUCGGUACUGGUAAGCGAAGCCAUGGCCGAAAAUCGAAAACACAAAAGUCUGAAUCUGAAGAGUAUGAUAGUCUGGGAUCGGAUACUGAAUCCGGAAGUGGCGAGCAUGGCAUAAAUAGUCGAAAGGAUUUGGAUGAAAAUGGUCCAGUGAAUUUUUCGAGUCACGCAGUAUCACACAGUCCUGGAUCUCGAUCCGGUAAAGAACGUUUGGCUGUAUUUUCAAGACCAACUCAUCAUAAUACCCAGUACAGCCCAAAUUUAAAUACAUCAACAGAGAAAUCACCAAUUUCUGAACCACGACCAAGUAGUUAUAGUAAACAGAGUCGGUCACCAAGUGGCCGUCACAGCGUAGAUAUGUCUUUUGAUUUAAAUGACUUCGACCCACCGCCAAAAACACAUCAAAAACCUCAACCGCACAAUGGCAUCAUGACAUCAGAAAAUUACAAACAAAUGGCAGCUAAUUCUUAUCAAAACAAGCCAAAUCUAGCCCAACCAACCAAUUUCAUAACAUCAACGGGAAACAGCAGCAACAAAAUGCUAAAGAGCUCGAAUACAGCUGCACAUUCACCCGUUGCCGAAAUAGAUCUGAUAAAUUCAACGCUGAACAAAACUUAUGGUGACUUUUUAACAAUGACACCGCGACGGAAGUCGCGCCUAUUGGCUGCUACCAGAGCUAUGAACGAUCAAUGGCCUUCCAGUUAUCGAUCAUCGUCGGCACCGCUUCACAUGCAAGACCUGGUCACUACAAUAAACACUCCCAUAACGAAUCAAUCCCAUUGCUAUAAUUAUCGGGCGACAGAUACGAUUAGCAAUGCCGAUACCAUGCGAUUGACUUCCGAUCAGAUGUGGAACCAUCGGUCGAAAUUCAUGUCGCCCAGUACAAAUAGCUUGAAGUACCUAAAUCAUCAUUCUUCGGCACCGAAUAACGAACCGAUUGCCAACCAUCAGACACAAAUCACUGCACCGUCGCAUGCAGUGAUGUCGGACAAUGAUAAAAUGCAUAGUACAGCAUAUGCCAAUGUUAGUCCACCAAGUGCAUUUAGCGAUAGUGGUAAUAAGUUCGGAAUCAGUCAGGGUUAUCGGGUCGGUGGCGAUUGGAAUGGUAACGGUAACGGAAACGUGAUCAAUGGUAGCAGUAGUAGUCAUAAAGUUUCGUCGGUUAAUUCCAGUAAAUAUCACAGUAACCAAAAAGAUUUCACCAUUGCAGUUUGAGAGUUUGUUAAAUCGUACUAAUGUCAGUCAAUUGUUAAAUAUUUAAAUUUUUUCGAUUCAUUAAGAGUCUAUCCUUGGAGUGUAUCCGAGUUUGUGUAGUUCAACAAGUUAGAAUAGAAUUUAAAAACAAAAAAAAACUAAAUUUCAUCGCAAAGCGUUUGUGUGAAGAUUUUUUUAAAGAAAAUAUUAAACAGAAGACUUUUUUAAUGUAUUUGUUACGACGACGCGAGAAGAAGUGAUAAUGUUAUCCAUUUAUACUGUAAGUAAGUUUUAGCAUAUCUGUAAUGGAAGAACAACAAUGUUUAGUGGAUGAUAAUGUUUAUGAAAAUAAAUCAGAAAAUGGGAAUUAAAUUCUCGAAUUAUAGGUCAAAUUAAUUGA